GGCUCCGCUCUAUAAAGUGUCAGCACCUCAGGCUCACAUCAAUAGGGAGUUGCUAAAAUAGUAGGUUUCAUGCAGCUGCUUGACAAUGUUGAAGUCGCCGGGAAAGUACCUACCAUCCAAGACGUCAUGGGCUGCUACGUUGGAAUGACGCAAAAAAGACAUCGCCGGAUGAAAUCAUCCUACAGUCGCCCUAUACCUAGCCGGUUUAAUAGACAUAGAAUACAAAUUCGGGUAUACUCACAACCACCAUAUUUAAUAUUUUGAACCCGCCAUGAUGAGGAUCGCCAUCACCGGCGCCCGCGGCACAGUAGGCACAACCGCCGUACAGCUAUGCUCGCGCGCUGGACACCAAACCAUCCAAAUAAACCGCACCGACACAGAGCACGAUGGGACGCCCAACUCAGAAAUGCGCACCGCCGACGUUGCAAAUGACUACGACGCUACCCUGAAGGCAUUCAAGGGCUGCGACGCAGUCAUCCAUCUCGCUGCCAUGCCAGACCCAGUGGGGAAGGCUGACUGGAAGGUGCACAACAACAACGUCAACGCCGCUUUCAAUGGAUUCCAUGCUGCAGGGUCUCUAGGGAUUAAGAGGGUAUGCUAUGCGUCGUCUGUGAACGCGGUGGGGUUGGCGUAUGCGAACCGUCCGCUGCAUUUUGACUAUUUCCCGCUGGACGAGGAUGCGCCGCAGCGGCCGACGGACUCGUAUGCGAUGGCUAAGGAAGAGGCGGAGUACCAGGCGCGCGCGUUUGUGGAUUGGUUCCCUGGGAUGAAUAUUGCCUGUCUUCGGAUUCAUGAGGUUGCCCCGUUGAAGGACGUGAGGGAGGAGCAUGAGCGGAACUGGGAUGGGGCUGCUGUUGGGCAGUUAUGGGGGUGGGUGAGCCCUGAAGCUACGGCUAGGGCUUGUUUGCUUGCUGUUGAGCGCGCGGAGAAUCUACGUGGCUGUGAGAUUUUGAAUAUUGUUGCGCCGACUACGACGCAGAGUACGCCGUCGCAGGAGCUGGCGAAGAAGUAUUAUCCCAAGGCUGAGAUACGGGGGGAUAUGUCGAAGAAUCAGGCGUUUUGGACCACGGACAAGGCGAACAGGGUUCUGGGCUGGACCCAUGAUGAGACGGAGUAAUAUACAUUCAAUUGAUGUCCUGUAUAAUAUAUUCGAUAGUCAAAAAUAUUAAACCACCGAGUAGAGUGUCCUCUUAUGUCACGACAGACCCACGGUUCGCCAUCGGGAUUGUCGGAUGGACUAAGCUGAGGGCUGGAGAGGCAAACUCUUCCAGAAUGAGU